GUUAGGGAGGCGGAGGAGAAGCCGCUACCGCCGACGAUUGUGGGCACAGGGGACCCGAGCGUGGAGGAGGAGAAGGAGGCGGCGGCGGCCGAGAGGAGCUCGGAGCGAGCGCGCAGGCGGACGCGCGGGAGCACUGCGAGGCAGACAUCGGGGCCAGGGCCAGCGGCGGCCUCGGGAGGCGGUGGGGGUGGGGGCCCGAGCGACCCAAAGAGCCACCCCACCCCACCCACCUCGGGGCAGCCUCAGGAGCUCUGGCUGCAGCCAGUGGUCAUUGGGCAAUGCCUCGGGAAGUGGAUGGAGCCAGCUGGAAGAAGCAUGCAGAUGACAUUCGGGACAUUUAUGAAUUCCGGGAUGUCCUGGGCACGGGAGCAUUCUCCGAGGUAAUACUGGCCGAAGAAAAGACCACCCACAAACUUGUGGCCAUCAAAUGCAUCGCCAAGAAAGCCUUGGAGGGGAAGGAGAGCAGCAUUGAGAAUGAGAUCGCCGUGCUACAUAAGAUCAAACAUCCCAACAUAGUGGCCUUGGAUGACAUCUAUGAGUGUGGUGGGCACCUCUACCUCAUCAUGCAACUGGUGUCUGGCGGGGAGCUCUUCGAUCGGAUUGUGGAGAAGGGCUUCUACACAGAACGGGAUGCCAGCCGACUAAUCUGCCAGGUGCUCGAUGCAGUCAAGUACCUCCAUGACAUGGGCAUUGUGCACAGAGAUCUCAAGCCAGAAAACUUGCUCUACUAUAGCUUGGAGGAAGAUUCCAAGAUCAUGAUCUCUGACUUUGGGCUGUCCAAGAUGGAAGGCUCAGGGAGCGUGCUCUCCACCGCCUGUGGCACUCCAGGAUAUGUAGCCCCUGAAGUCCUGGCCCAGAAACCUUAUAGUAAGGCUGUGGAUUGCUGGUCCAUCGGUGUCAUUGCCUACAUCCUACUCUGCGGUUACCCCCCUUUCUAUGACGAGAACGAUGCCAGACUCUUUGAGCAGAUACUGAAGGCCGAGUUUGAAUUCGAUUCUCCUUACUGGGACGACAUCUCUGACUCUGCCAAGGACUUUAUCCGGCAUUUGAUGGAAAAAGAUCCUGAGAAGAGGUUCACCUGUGAGCAAGCCCUGCAGCACCCCUGGAUUGCAGGGGACACGGCGCUGGACAAAAACAUCCACCAGUCAGUCAGUGAGCAAAUCAAAAAGAACUUUGCCAAGAGCAAAUGGAAGCAAGCCUUCAAUGCCACAGCAGUGGUGAGGCACAUGAGGAGGCUUCAGCUGGGCACCAGUCAGGAUGGACCCGGCCCUGGCCAAGCCACCAGCCAUGGGGAGCUGCUGGCACCCGAGACCGGCGGGGGUCCCCAUGUUGGUUGCUGCAGGGACUGCUGUGCAGAGUCAGCCCCGGAGCUCCCAGCCACUCGCCCACCCCAGCUCUAGAGCCGCCCACACUCCAGCUGCUGGGCUCGAUCCUCAGGACCCCUGGGGAAGGGGCUAGGGUGGAGUCUGCCAGGAAGCCCCUAGGUGGGGAGGCUGCUGCUGGACAGGAGGAGUUGGAGCUGCCGAUUGAUUGGGAAGAGAUGGAACACUGCUCGCCUCUCCCUUCCCCUUCCCCUCCUUCCUUCAGAGGGCUCUUCCUGAGCCCAUUUCAGUCCAGGCCUCCUUCUGAGGGAAGAACAGGCUUCUUCUUUCACACCCUGUCUGGCCUGGAAUUGGAUCCUUUUCCCGAACCUCUUUGUAGUCCCUCGCCCUGGUCACACUGGCCAGGGGACCCGUGUAAGGCCUCUGGGAAGGACGGGGAGUCAAAGCAAGGAAGUAAUACCAGGAACCAGGGCCCUGAGAAGAGACGUGUGAGGUGCAGGUCACUUGGCCUUCUUCCUCUCUCUCAGUGCUCCCUUUUCUCCCCCUGAUUCUGGCCAAGACAUCCACACAUUUUCCAAACAAAUAUUUCUAUUUUAUUGUUCUUUCUUGUAUUAAAGGGAAGGGGUUAAAACCA